AAAGCGGAGACCUUUAAACCGGUGGCCUGAAAUGACCCGUAGUUAUUUUGAACAGGCAUAAGAAAAGGCAGCCUAGGGUCCUUAGCGGCCAUCAGCGAGAAACACUGCAAAGAACUACAACUGAGGUCAGGAUGGUGCAGAAAAUACUCAAUAAAAUCGUCGGUGCCAAAUAUAUUGGUAUUCUGAGGGCAUGGGUACCAAAUAUGGUCGCGUGGGGAUCAGUUGGUGGAGUGGCGCUCAUUCACUUCACAGACUGGCGGUUGGUGCUGGACUAUGUGCCGUACAUUAAAGGGAAGUUCAAAGACGACGAGUAAAGUCCCGUUAGGCUAAAUUGACCAAAUCUUGGGAAGGGGCACAUGAACUGCAAGCUUUAGUAUGAUGUCCUGGCUUGUUAGGAGGUUGGACGACAAGAUGCACUCUUUAUAAAUGCUGCUUUGAAUCAAUUAUUAUCUGAUGUGAAUAAAUCUAUAAUUUUGACCAAA